AUGGGCUCAGUUGAUAUGAGGAAGCUUCUGGGUGUUUACAAUUGCGAGAAAGAAGCAUAUGAAAAAUAUUGCCAGUACGCCCAUUCAACUGGAUUUAGUGUUCGGAAAGAACAUCACCAUUUCUGGCCAAAUACAAGGUUAAUCAAAUCAAAGGAUUUUGUGUGUUCUAAAGCCGGUUUCAAGAAGGAGAAUGAAAGUGGUACUAAGUUAAAAUAUCGAAGAUCAAGUACAAGAACAGGAUGUCCAGCCAUGAUUAGAUUUUCGGUGAGUAAAGAUGGGCUUUGGUCAGUGUAUAAAUCUGUAGAGAGUCACAAUCACGAACUGGCUAGGCCGGAUGAUCAAUAUUUGCUCCGGUCGGCAAGGUCAAUUAGUGUUGAUAAUGCAGCUGUUUUGAAAUCUAUGACAGAAGCCGGUAUAAGAACUGUUGAUGCAUUUAUGUACCUAUCUGAUGAAGUUGGAGGUGUGGCAAAUCUUGGAUUCACGAAGCGGGAUGCAUACAACCAUAUCCAAAAAGAAAGAAGAGCGAAGUUUGAGAGUGGAGACACUAAUUCACUGAUCAAGUUGUUUAAAUAA